AUUAUAAUUUAUGACAGCUCUGAGCGAACUCUCAAACAAAUAUACAGUAAAAAUCGCCACAUUUUUCAAGUGCUGUAUUUCACUGUUAGAGAGACAAAGGAGUUAGUUCACAUUAUUACAAAGAGACUUGAAAGAGUCAAGAGAUAGUUCGUAUGCUUCAGACGACCGACUAUGAUAACUGACCGGCCAUAAAUCGGUCCAGAUUCGGUCGGUAGCUCGCAACCAGCUGCGCUCUUUUCCGAGUCCUGCCUAUAACAAUUUUUGAUUGGCGAUUUGGAGGCUUCCGCCAAUCAAAAAAUUGAAUCCCUAUCCGAAGAUGUUCGGUUUAUUUUGGUCGGCCAGCUGGUUGUAGAUUAUUGUCGUUUUUUCCAAUCUGCACUCAUAUCUGUAGUUAUUUAUCUGUUGAUCAGUUUUGAUUUCUUUAGUAACUGUGAGUUUAGUUUAGAACAUUCCUGUGACAUAAGACCCGAUGAAAGUUUUUGACCUGAUUUACUAACUUGUGAGUUUUGCUCAAAUUAAAAAGGACCGAACUCCUCAGCAGUUUCUGCGUUCCAAACUGGCUGUGAAGUGUGAGGAUCUUCGACUGGUAGGCUGUUACCGUGUUUCGACGUUCUUCUGGUGUCGUCUUCUGACAUGCGAGUCUCCUCAAUCUCUGGAGAAAGAGAACUAGAUCCUUUAGAUUAACCUUUCAGCUGGCUGCUGUGGGAUUGUAACUUAUUGAAGAGUUGAAAAGUUUUUUGCACGAGAAUGGACAAUUCCAAUCUGCGUGAGCUUGGGGCUUUGGAACAUCCAACGUUAAAGGUUCCUUACGAAGUUUUCAACAAGCGCUAUCGCCUGAGUCAGAAGAUCAUUGACAAGGAGCAGCACGCGGUGUCCAGUGCGGUGGACGAAGUGGAGAAGUGUUUAAAUUCAACAUCAUCAGAAAAUCUGCCCAACAUGGUUGCUCUUUUGGAUACUGUUAUGGAGAAACUGAAAGCCUUAAAGCGAAAGGCUGGCGAAAGCAUCGACGAAGAUGUAAAUGCGGCAAGAGUCUGCAAAAUGCGCGUGGAUCAUCUGCGCACAAUAGAAAGCAACCCGAUACAGUUUGAGAAGAAGAGGAUCGAUCGGCUGUUGGUGGAGCACUGCUUUCGCUGUGGACAUUACGAAACAGCCAGUCUGCUGGCCAAGCGGGCGGAUGUGGAAGAAUUCACCAAUCUGGAGCUCUUUACUACGGCGCGUGACAUCGAGGCCUCACUGGCCAGCCGAAAAACUGAUCUCGCUCUGGCAUGGUGUGCCGAGAAUCGCUCGCGGCUGAAGAAAACUGGCAGUUUUCUGGAGUUUCACCUUCGACAGCAGGAAGUGAUUGAACUGAUCAAGAAGGGACGAGGCGGAUGUAUGGAUGCCAUUUUGCAUGCCCGGAAGCACUUCAUACAGCUGGAAGACUAUAAGUUAUAUGAAAAAGAUAUCCAGAAAACCAUGAUUUUGCUGGCAGUGCUUCCUAAGAAUAUUUCUGAAAAGAAUAAUCCGUACCAUGAUCUUCUAAGCGAUGUUCGUUGGACAUGGUUGAUUGAGGAAUUUCGCAAGGAAAUUUUGCGGAUGUAUCAGCUGAGUCCUGAAUCGGUGUUUGCCGUUACAUUACAAGCUGGAUUAGCCUCGCUAAAGACGCCGGCUUGUAUGUCGGACACGGAACGCAAGAAUCCCGAUUGUCCCGUGUGUAAUGAGAACCUUAAUGUGAUCGCUACUUCCUUGCCCUUUGCGCAUUGCUCACAAUCGCGAUUGGUAUGUUAUAUUUCGGGAGAGCCCAUGAACGAAACGAAUCGCCCCAUGAUGCUUCCGAAUGGAUACGUUUAUGGAGAAAAGUCUCUAAUGCUGAUGGCUACGAACAAUAACGAUGUCCUCACCUGCCCACGAACGGGAAGCGUGUACAAGUUGGCAGAUGCCCAACGGGUUUACGUGAUGUAAAAGAGUUACGUGGUUGUGUGAAAUGGUCGCGGAAACUGAGGCUAACCGGUGAGCUUCUGUUCACCGCGUUUUUUGUGUUGCUACAUUUGUGUUUUUAUAAAAGCAGUUCUUCGUUUAGAUGUUGGCUGUUUCCGUUUUACAGUUUGUUCAUUGUGUCUGAUGUUAUUUUGAUGGAUGUGUUGCCUUAUGGUUAGAGUUGUACUUUUUUUUCUAAAUCCUGUGUCGUAGAUGUAGUAGCCCGGAAGAAAAUAUCACUAACAAUAAUUACUGAAGUUA